AUGAACCUAAGCUUCUUUGACCAAUUUUCAAGCCCAUAUCUCCUAGGAAUGCCACUAAUCCUCCCAUCCCUACUUCUUCCGACCCUCCUACUCCCAUCACCAGGACGCCGGUGGGUCAAUAACCGUCUUUCCACCAUCCAACUCUGGUUCAUUCACCUAAUUACAAAACAACUAAUAACUCCCCUAAACAAAGCAGGUCACAAAUGAGCCCUUCUACUAACUUCCCUUAUUCUUAUACUUCUCUCCAUCAACCUACUCGGACUCCUCCCCUAUACCUUUACCCCCACUACCCAAUUAUCAAUAAAUAUAGCCCUAGCCUUCCCCUUAUGACUCGCCACCUUGCUCACCGGACUACGAAAUCAACCCUCCACAUCCCUAGGUCACCUUCUCCCCGAAGGAACACCCACCCCAUUAAUUCCAGCCCUAAUCAUAAUCGAAACAACCAGCCUUCUCAUCCGACCUUUAGCCCUAGGGGUACGCUUAACAGCCAACCUCACGGCUGGCCAUUUACUCAUCCAACUUAUCUCCACAGCCACAAUCACCCUACUACCAAUAAUACCAUCAAUCUCUGCCUUAACAACGAUUAUCCUCUUUCUACUAACCAUUCUAGAAGUAGCAGUAGCCAUAAUCCAAGCCUACGUUUUUGUUCUCCUUCUGAGCCUCUACUUACAAGAAAACAUCUAA